AUGAAAUCUGAAUUCAUCGCACUCACCCGCGAGGGCCUCGAGCUGCACAACGCGGCGCUCGACGAGGCAGGGGCCUUCACAGUAGAGAAACUCCGAAGCAUAGAAGGCGUGGAGUCGGCCGAGUGGUCCCCACAGGGUGAUCUGGUCGCCAUCGUGCGGAAUUCUUCGCGCGAAAAAGUUGAAAUCUUGGAUGCCACCACUUGGGAAGUUCGCUACGCAGUUGAGGGCCCAACUCCCGUGUCCAAGUUUUCGUUCAGCCCCCUCGGGCGCUAUUUGCUUAUUUGUUUUCGCUUUGAGCCGACACAAUGUCCAGAAAAUCUGAGACUUAUAGAAGUCCACAGUGCCAAAGAAGUGACGCGUGUGGCCCAGCGGGGCGUCGGCGAGCUCUCGUGGCCUCCGCUGCGGUUCACUGGGGGCGAAAGCUUCGCAUGUCGUUUGGUCAAGGGCGCUGUUCACGUUUUCAGCCGCGAGCAGCUCGAGUCCGGCAGCUUCAGCAUCAACUCGCCUCUCCACCGCAUCAGUUCCCCACGCGCCUCCGCCAUAUUUGCCAGCCCAGAGCGCCCCCCUUCUGCUGCUAAAGACGAAAACAGCAGCAGCAGCAGCAGCAGCGGCAACAGCAGCGCGUACUGCGCUGUGUUUUCGAAGGAAACCAAAGGGGAGAGCGCCCUGUUGGAGGUGUACGAGCUCGGGCAAGAAGUGAAAUGCGUCGCCAAGAAGUCCUUUUUCCAGGCGCAAGAGGCAGAGUGCCACUGGGCCUACGACGGCCGCGCGCUGCUGCUGAAGACGCACACAGACGCCAGCGACUUGACUUACUACGGGUCUAGUGCUCUUUACUUCCUGCGGUGCCAGGGAGGAUACGAUAUGCGCAUUGUCGCCGCUGAUGAGGGCCCUGUCCACGCCGCCGUGUGGAGCCCUUCCACAAUUGAGUUUGCUGUUUGUUACGGCAAAGUGCCAGCCACGGUCGCGGUCUACGAUGGCAACAGCAAAGUGACCUCACCCAAGUUCCGCAUGGGCGAAGGCAUGCGCACUUCUCUUUUGUUUUGCCCCUUUGCCAAAUUGAUGCUGUGGGGCGGAUUUGGCAAUUUGGCAGGGGAGGUUGAGGUCUGGACUCUCAGAAAGAAGGGCAUAGUAGGGAAGACAGUGUUCUUCAGUCUGUCAGGCGGCCUUCUCAAGCGAGUUGAAUUCCCGUGCCUGUACAGCGUGCAGUUCCGCCCCUUGAGCGCUGCUGCUGCUGCUGCUGCUGCUGAAGCACAAAAGGCAAUAAUUGACUCUCUCAAGGUCUACCAACCUGGGGAGGCCCCGCUGGCUCCAGGCGCAGAGGGAGCCACAAAAAUAGGCAACCUGACCUCAACCGGAAGGUCCCUUAGUUCUCUUACUCAAAGCAGAUCAGGUGUGCCCUCGGUUGGCGCUUAUAAGCCGCCAGCCGCGCGCAACGCCACGCCGCGUCUGCCUCCAGGGGCUGCUGAGGCUCCUGCUGCUUCGAAUUCUCCUUCGAAGAGUGCAAGAAAGAGGCAAAACCGGAAAAACAAACAGGAAGGAGCGGCCCAGGCAGAGGCUGCAGCUGAGGCUGGCCAGGACAAGAGCGCGGAAGAAAAGGGCAGCGGAGCAGCCGAAAAGGACAAAAGGACAGAAACUGACAAAGAACAAAAUGCAAAACAAACAACACCUGCGGCGAACGCCACUUCAGACACCAAUGGAAGCCCACAAGGCGAAGACGAAGCGAAUGACCUGCGGAAGGCGAUUCGAGCAGUGAAGAAGAAGUUGACAGAAAUUGAGCGCCUUAAGGGGAGGAGCGAUUUGAAUGAAAUGCAGCAAGUCAAAGUCAGCAACGAGCAGAAGCUCAAAGAGGAGCUAGCAGAGCUUGAAAAGCAGUUCAAGUCAAUCAAUUGA